GAUGAGCGACGACAGGGGAGGGCUGACAGGGCAGACCGCGUAUUAGGAUGUGGGUAGGCCGCGAAUUAGGUGCAGUGUGCUACGAGUCCGGGUUCAUGUCCAAGAACGCCAGCGCCAUCAUGUGGAAGGAACGGGCACUCGCUCUCCAAGACUAUGCAUGACCUCAAAUCUGGCAUUCUGAAGUGUAGCUCAAGUUGUGUUGGGUAGAGGGUCUUGGGAGUCAGGGCUGCAGUGACUGUGGCGUACAGUUCAGCAGCAUCCACCCUUCUGUCAGCUUGGCACUGCUGCCGUCCUGGCGAUCCCAUUCAAGUCCGCGGGCUCUAAGUGCCAUCCCAGCCUCCUCCAACCCCACCUCCCCCGCCCACGUUCCCCGCAGGUGGAUUUCGUUCAGGUGGAGAGGUACAGUGGUCAAUUCGAUCUUGCCAAAACACAAGAAAGAAAGAAAGAAAGAAAAGGUAUGAGGUCGAGGGACAGUGGUUACCUAGUUUCAGAUGCGUCGGAGCACAUUUAAGCAAGCUGAGCUGCGGUGCCAACGUUUGGCAGCAGCGGCACUUCCUGGCCGCGGAGAAGAAGGAGCGCGACUCUCUUCCCCUCUCUCUCUCUCUCUCUGUGGCUGCUGGAGGAAGUACGCGCUUUCGUACCAGGACAUCGUAAGAUUGUAGCUGUCAUCAGUAUCACAAGGAGGAAUCUGAACUGUUGGCAGCUGAUUGCAACAACUAGGGAAUCGACAAAUUGCAGAUAACCGACACCAUUUUUGAAGGCUGUCAGCUGGACCUGGUUUUAUCGACGGCGAGAAAGGGGUGCAGCAGAAUGAGAGCCUCGGAGGUCGCAAGGGGUUGGAGAAUGCAAACAGUAUGGACGGUAUUGGUGGUGGCCUUGUGGCUGCCUUCGCUGAUCACUUCUGAAGCAAAAUCGUAUGAGGCUACCGAAGCUGGUCCGAAGAAGGAUGUUUACAUGGUCGUCUUUGACCAGAUGCCAAUUGUGACCUACAAUGGGAAAAUCCUCGGACUGCGCGGCACUUCCAAGUACUUUUCAGAGAGAUGGAGGAAAGCUCACAAAAGGGCGCACAUCUCCGACCUUGUGAAAAAAUACAAUGCCUACCUGGUCAAGCACCAGGACCAGAUCCUUACAGAGUUUUUUGGAUACGAGGACUGUGAGAAAGUGUACCGCUACACUCAUCUCGUCAACGGAGUGGCACUUUUCCUCACUGCCGACGAGGCGGAGCGGCUGGCCAAGCACCCGAGAGUUGUCCGUGUGCAGAAGAGUUACAAGGUCUUCAAGUCCACUGUGCACACGCCAGAGUAUCUCGGCCUGCCCAAGGGGGUGUGGUCGCAGUGCGGUGGUCCUACAGGCGCGGGAGAGGGUAUGAUUAUUGGAAUAGUGGAUACAGGAAUUGAUCCCACGCAUCCGAGCUUCACCGCGCGUGGACAGAAGCCCUAUGGUCCUCUUCGCAAGUUCAGAGGUAGAUGUGACGUGGGCCCGGGGUUCCCUCGAGGCUCUUGCAAUGGCAAGAUCAUUGGAGCUCGGUUCUUCAAUGCCGCUGCGAAGAAAGGUGGGUUCAAUGCCAGCCUCCAUUUUGCAUCGCCUCUGGAUGGUGAUGGCCAUGGAACCCACACAGCGUCCACUGCUGCUGGAAACCAUGGAGUGCCGGUGAUUGUCAAUGGAGCCAACUAUGGAAGUGCAAGUGGCGUAGCACCAAGGGCGCGUCUCGCCGUCUAUAAGGCGCUGUUCCGCUUCAUCGGAGGUUUCAUCCCCGACGUCAUUGCAGCUUGUGAUCAGGCGGUUGCCGAUGGAGUUGACAUCCUGAGUCUCUCGCUUGGACCUAACAGCCCGCCAGGAGGCUCUUCCAGCACCUUCUUGAAUGUCUUGGACAUAGCGCUCCUCAACGCUGUCAAGGCCAAUGUGCUUGUUGUCCAAGCCGCUGGAAAUGGCGGCCCGUAUGCCAAGACCGUUACAUCGUUUAGUCCGUGGGUGCUCUCAGUGGCAGCAGGGGUGGACGAUCGAACUUUCCGGAAUACAAUUACCCUUGGCAACAGACAAAUCAUCAAAGGAACUGGACUGGCUCCUGCAACAAGAGGUGCAGGUCUGUAUCCCUUGAUUUUGGCGCAAGACGCUGUGCAAGGGUCGGGCGAUCCAAGUCUUUCUCCCAGCGACUGCCAGUCGCCUAAGCUUUACAACAAGCUUCUCGUCCGGGGCAAGAUCCUAAUCUGCACCUACUCUUUCGACUAUGUUUAUGGGGGGUCUACAAUGCAGCAACUGGUGAAGACGGUUCAAUCAUUGGAAGCAGCGGGUGUGGCCUUGGUGGUGGACUCGGACGUCUCGGGUGGAAAAUAUGAGCCCAUUCCUCUUGCUGUGCCUGCCAUUGUCUUCCCUACCUCUGCCGAUUCGAAUACUCUCCUGGCAUACUACAACCGGUACACUAAAAAGGAUCGGAGCGGGAAGAUCCUGACUUUCGGAGCCACUGCAAAGAUUGGUAACGGACUGACCGUCACCUACACUAGAUCUGUGCAGCAAGUGGCACUCUUUUCUUCGAGAGGGCCGAACGUCAAGGACUUCAACUUCAACGAAGCAGACAUUCUGAAACCAAAUGUGAUGGCGCCAGGAUACUUGAUCUGGGGUGCCUGGACUCCCAUCGGCACUGACAACCCAGCCUUUACAGGACAAAGGUUUGCAAUGAUCUCGGGGACGAGCAUGGCCACGCCACAUGUGGCUGGUCUGGCAGCAAUGCUGAAGUGGAAGUAUCCCAAAUGGAGUCCUGCCGCACUCGCUUCUGCGAUGACAACCACGGCCGACGUUGAAGAUCGCUUUAAACGUCCUCUUUUGGCUCAGAAUCCUUCUCCCGAUGCCUACCCCUUGUUGGAGAAAGCUACUCCGUUCGACAUGGGAGGUGGAGCGCUCAACAUUAACGCCGCCAUGAACCCUGGACUCAUUUUCGAAGCAGGUUAUCUUAAUUACGUGAGGUUCUUGUGCUCAAUGUCAACCCCUCGGGAAGUCCUCGGCGCCACCAAGACAGCCUGUGCAGGCGUUGCAGGCAAGCCUACGGAUCUCAACAUUCCCUCCAUCACGUUCGCGAAUCUGGUUGGAACGGCCCAUGUUCCAAGAACAGUCACAAACGUCGCUCCCAUUGCAGAGAAAUACACCAUCUCCAUCACAAACGCUCCAGACUUCGUGAUCACCGCCAACCCUGCGGUGUUCACCAUUGGAGUGGGUGUCCGCAACAAACAGACCAUCCUCUUCACGGUGCGCGCUACCAAAGCUUCUCAAGCAUCCAGCUUCGCAAGGAUUACCUUCACCGGUUCCUUGGGCCAUGUGAUCCGUGUACCAGUGUCCGUUGUAAACAAGAGACUCAGAUAGAUCCCCAUUCUCCGUUUAAACCAUCACGAUUUCAAACAUUUAAACUACUAAAAUUUGUGCAGAUUCUUCUUCUGUAUCUGAAAUUGUUCGAGAAAAAAGUAGGAGUUAGAAGGUGUGAUCAAAGAGGUGACAUCAUGCAGUGUAAGAGUUAUAGGUUCUGAAGCUUACUGGGUAAAAUUUCUGAGCUUCUUCAGCUCAAUUAGUUCUGUGACAUCAUCCUCCAUUCCUCUCCCUUCCAGAUCCGUUGUCCAUGUUCUGAUUUGACUUGGGCUUGAUCCGGGCAGUAAGCGUGUGUAGCGAAAGGGAAGUGAAAACUUAUUAUCUUUCAAUUCAGUGUCCAGAUUCCCUCAAUUUGAUGAGGAAAGAAUUCGUGCCGGUCAUUUGGAGCUGGCCAUUUCUUGA